AUGCGCUUCACUUCUAUUGUCGCCUUUGCCAUCGUGGGCCUUGUCCUGCUCACAUGGCAGGAUAACAGCAACACUGCCAUGGCUACCUCUUCGAACUCGACGACAUCGACGGCAUCGAGCUCUGAUAACACGACGACUACCACCACAACAACAACCACCACGACAACCACCACCACCACCGAAUCUUCGGAUGAUACAACCACAACUGAAUCUAGUUCAGAUUCUUCAUCGUCGUCCAAGAAGAAGAAGCAUGUGACACAUUUCAAAAGACGUCAUUUGAAAGGAAACAAAAAAUCGAAGAAAUCCAAAAAAAGCAAAAAGGAUAAGAAACAUAAGAAGGUUAAAAAGAUUCGUCGUCAUCGCGGUUAA